AUGGUGAAACUGAGGGAACACAGUGAAGUGGGAGAGACUGAAUGGGCAGAAGCAGCCGCCAUGGCUGCUAGUUUUCUGAAAGCUCGAAGAUCAACAAGAAAGAGAUUCAUCGGGGUUCGUCAGAGACCUUCAGGGAGAUGGGUGGCUGAAAUCAAAGACACAAUUCAGAACAUAAGAGUUUGGUUAGGGACUUAUGAUUCUGCAGAAGAAGCUGCGAGAGCUUAUGAUGAAGCAGCUUGCUUGCUUCGUGGAGCGAACACUCGCAGAAACUUCUGGCCUUCUCAGUUUAGUAAUUCCCCAGCAAAUCCAGUUCUUCCCAGAAAGAUUGCUAAUCUCAUCCUUCUUAGGCUCAAAGCUCGAAACCUUGCUUCUUCUUGUAAUUUUUCCAGUAACCAAACAGAAGAAGAAGAAACAGCAGCAGAACCAAAGUUGACCCAGCUUGGUUAUUUCCUUCCUGGAUCUGAUAAUAAUGGUGGUGAACUUUGUAGUGAUGGAGUGAUUGAAGAGGGGUGGGGGAGGAAAAUGAAUUUGGGAGUUGAAAAAGGAGAAAGUGAAGGAAAAUCAGAAGAAAAUGAGAUGGCUAAUCUCAUGCUUUCUAGGCUAAACCGCGACUGUGUAUCUGAUAAUAGUUCUGAAGUCAGCCAUUAUUUUCCCAGUAACCAAACAGGUUUAGAAUCCCAGUUGCACCACUUUCUAGACGACUCAGACAAUAGUUUUCUCUCAAACGUAGUCAGUUUUAGAUCAGGAAACAAGACUAACUUGGAUGAAGGAGGAUUUAACGAAGAAAAUUCUUCUGGGAAGCAAUUGAAAGUGAAUGAUGAGGAAAACAUUGAAACUAGAUUCGAAUCUGACAUGUGGCGGCUCGUGGAUUUCCAGUUUUUGGAUAACGUGGGAUCAACGGUUUGUUCUUCGUCUUCUUCUUCUCCAUUUGAGAUAGCAGAAGAGAUGAUGGGGCCAACAAUGGAUCAGCAAGACGGAUAUGAAAAUGAUGCCGAAAAUUACGAAGCAUCAUUUCUCAGAGAAACUUUUAGGAUGAAAUAUUAUGAAAGAAAAUUCUCAGCUUGUCUUUAUACAUACGGUGGUGUUUCUGAGUGCUUGAGGCUGCAAUUUGGAUCAGAAAAUAAUGCAGAUGGGUUGGAAAAUUUUUGA